CCAAAUCUACCGGCAAAGUUUACUCUGCGUGGCGUUUCAAUGCACCAAUGGACUCUGGAGUCUGGACAGUCGGGGACCACAGGUAAUAUAGGCGCAGAAGAAGGUAGAGAGAGGACCGUUUGCCAGCCAACAACUGUGGCACGAAGGAAGAAGCGCAGACGGAGGGAACAGAGGGGCAGCAGCGGCCCGGAUGACGAUUCAUUAGCCGAGCAAAACACUAAUUGGUUCGCUUCCUCGAAGCUGCACGGUCCGCAAGAAACCGAUGCCAACUUUUCGGCCCCUUCGUGGCCACUUCGUGACCCAGUGAAACGAACCUUGUUAAUUGUUUCGGCUCCGCCAAGUGGAUAAUGAAUUUUAGGACGUGAAGAAUGGGAUUUAUAGCGGUUGUGUCGUGGGAAUGGCUCCUUUUUUCCUUU